CGGGCCUGCACACCGAUCUGCCCUUUGCACACCGAUCUGCCCUUUGCACCCGUGCCUGGCCCCGGCCCCACUGACCCUCAAGAGCCUGUGAGGACACAGGCUGAAAACGGUGCCCUUCAUAGGAAGUCAGCCUUUCAGACCUUAGUCACUGGCAAAAAAGCUAAAAGAACUGCACAGAAACCCUGUUCUUAGCCGCCUGGAAUUGUAAAAAUGUUUGAAGAUUUUAGACAAAUUUUAUUGGCAUCCACGUGUACGUGUGGGUCUCUGUGUGGGUGUGUACCACGCGUGUGCAGGUCAGAAGCGUCAGAUGCCCUGAAGGUGGUGUUACAGGUGGUUGUGAGCCGUCUACGUAGGCGCUGGGGACUAUGAGCCCUCUGGAAGAGGGGUAAGCGCUGUUAGCCACUGAACAUCUCUUUUGUCUAGCUGACGUGGGCACUGGGAUUUGGAGAGGAGGUGGCUAAUAUCUACAAGGUGACACAAGUGUCUCCGGGGCCACACCAUUGCCGCUCUGGUAUCUCAGAGUGCCUUUCCCCUGCAGGGGAAGGGCUCACCUCAUAAGUAACUCCGACUCUCUCCUUUUUAGUCUGCUCAUUUCCCUGGAGUUUUGUAUGUCAAACCCUGACUCCUCAUUAGAUUGUUCAUUCAUUUGACUUCUGGCCCCCAGGAAGAUCCAGUUAGCUCAGAGUGUGUCAUAGAUAAACAUGCUGCCGCAGAGCAGGGACUGAGGGUCUGGGCCCCCUCCUCUCUAGAGCGUUCGCCACCGUCUGUAAACACCUAGCCUAGAUUCACCUGACAGUUGUGAGUCACGACCUUCCUCUAUUUCCCCUCUGUAAAAUAGGGCCCGGUGGCAGUGCACGAGCUUAAGAAAGCAAAUCCGCGUUGACUGAAACGAAUUAGUCCUCGUGUUUAAGGUAAUGAGUGCUGGCAUGCCUCGCAUUUACACACGAACUCAGGCCCACAGAAAUACAGCGUUGCUACAAGCCGCACACCUAAGAAGAUGCCAUCUACCGAUUGAAUCCCUGACCUGUUUAGCUCCAAAAACUAACGAUGUCUGCGAGAGCUUUGCAUUAACUGCUCGGAGAAAACACAACUAUCUGCAAGAUGCAAGCCUAGGAGAGGGGCGUGGGUGUACAAGGCAAUUUUCAGACACUCCCUGCAGUGGCGAUAGACCGACCUGUCCUUCAGCCUCGGACUUCUGGCGGGUCCUUGCCCAGUGUAAGCAGCGUGCUAGUGGAAACGGAAGUGGUCCUGAGGCUCUCUCUCGCAGUGACUGGGACCGUGCUGGGGAAGUCAUGUCGGAGCAGCAGCGGCAGGACUCCGAGCGCGACCUCUACCGGGACACGUGGGUGCGCUACCUGGGCUAUGCUAAUGAAGUGGGGGAGGCUUUCCGCUCCAUGGUGCCUGCAGCUGUGGUGUGGCUGAGCUAUGGCGUGUCUAGCUCCUACGUGCUGGCUGAUGCCCUAGACAAAGGCAAGAAGGCAGGAGAGGCGCCAAGCCCUGAAGCAGGCCGCAGCACCAGAGUGGCCCUGGCCGUGGUAGACACCUUUGUGUGGCAAUCUCUGGCCUCCGUAGCCAUCCCGGGGUUCACUAUCAACCGUCUGUGUGCUGCCUCCCUCUACGCCCUGGGUACUAUGACCCGCUGGCCCCUGACUGUCCGCAAAUGGACCACCACCACACUCGGGCUGCUGGCCAUCCCCGUCAUCAUCCACCCCAUAGACAGGUCAGUAGACUUCCUCCUGGAUUCCAGCCUGCGCAAACUGUACCCAUCAGUGGGGAAGCCCAGCUCCUCCUGAUCCUUCCCUGUGCCCAGCCUGGCCGGCCCGCUCAUCAGAGAAUGUAGAUGCUUGGCUGUUUGGGGUCCAUGACACUGGCAUCGGAGUGGGUUCAAACUGAUGGACGCUUAGUGACAAAGGCCUUGAGGAGUGGUGGCUGCAGCGAGUCCCAGAGGUGGGACCCGACCCUGUCUGCAUUAAUGGCAGUGGUUGUGCUGAGUGGGAGUGAACGCUGGCUGGCCAUGUUUUCAGAAAAAAUCUUUAAGUAUUUUAUUUUAUGUGCGUAAGUGUUUCACCUGCAUGCACGUAUGUUUGUGCACCACCCUUGGAGGUUUAAAGAGGCCAUUGGAACCCCUGAAACUGGGGUUAGGGAUGGCUGUGAGCCACCACGUGGGUGCUGAGAACUGAGCUGAACCUGGUUUCUCUGUAAGAGCAGCCAGCGUUUCUAACCACCAAGGUACCUCUCAGCCUCUGGGCCUGUCCUCUGAUGGAAAAGUUAUACCUUCCCACACUGAAGCCCAGAGAGGGCAAGGGGUACGCCUAAGGUCAUGUGACAAGCCGAGGACCAGGCUGUUCGACUGCUCUAAGUCACUUUGUGAAAAUGUGGCUGAGUGACUUAGGGAAAAGCACAGAGGUGCAGCAUUUGGGACACUCAGGACAGAGCCUCUGGCCAGCCCAUCCCUGCUGCGGGAGGCAGGACAAUCACACACCCAAGUGCUACCCAAUAAACCCUUAAAAAAUGG